AUGGAAGAGGAAAAUUUUUCCAAGAGGGAAGAGAAGAUAUGGAAGGUUGUAACAAGGGCUGCCUUCUUCAAAGAGCUAAAGAAGUUGGGUUUCUUGGCGGCACCUAUGGUGGCUGUAACUGUUUCACAGUACCUUAUGCAGGUUGUGUCCAUGGUAAUAGUGGGUCAUCUUGGCCAACUCUCAAUCUCAAGUGUCUCCAUUGCCACCUCUUUCACCAAUGUCACCGGCAUCAGUCCACUGUUUGGAUUAGCCUGUGCGUUGGAGACUCUGUGUGGACAAGCUUACGGAUCAGAGCAAUAUCAUAAGCUUGGAACCUACACUUGCUCAUCAAUAAUUGUUCUCAUUCCAAUAUGUCUCCCAAUAUCUGCCAUUUGGGUAUUCAUGGACAAAAUAUUAGUGCUGGUAGGCCAAGACCCUCAAGUUGCAGCUGAGGCCUGCAAAUACUCCAUUUGGCUCAUACCUGCACUACUUGGAUUUGGUGUUCUUCGAGCACUAAUUCACUACCUCCAGGCUCAGAGUUUGAUUCUCCCAAUGUUCUUAAGCUCAUAUGGAACUCUUUGUGCUCAUAUCCUCCUUUGCUGGACUCUAGUUUAUAAGGUGGACUUGGGAAAUGUGGGAGCAUCCUUAUCCUUGGGUAUAUCUUAUUGGUUGAAUGUAAUCUUCCUUGGGCUUUAUAUCAGAUACUCUUCAUCAUGUGAGAAAAGCCGCACUCUCAUCUUGAAUGAAAUUUUCCCUAGCAUUAAGGAUUUUCUUCGUUUCGCACUUCCUUCUGUUGUGAUGAUAUGUCUUGAAUGGUGGUCAUUUGAGAUUGUCAUCUUGCUGUCCGGGCUAUUACCAAAUUCAAAACUUGAAACUUCUGUGCUUUCUAUAUGCCUUACAACUACGUCAUUACACUAUGUUAUGCCAUGUGGGAUUGGUGCUGCUGUAAGCACUCGAGUUUCAAAUGAGUUGGGAGCUGGAAACCCGCAGGCAGCUCGAUUGGCUGUCUAUGUUGCGAUGAUUCUUUCCGUCAGUGAGGCAGUCAUAGUGAGCACAGCUCUCUUCUGUUGCCGGUAUAUUAUCGGAUAUGCAUACACCAAUGACAACGCAGUUGUUGAUUAUGUCAUAAAUUUAGCUCCCCUGCUUAGUCUCUCUGUUAUCAUGGAUAGCUUGCAAGCCGUUCUCUCUGAGGUGGCUAGAGGAAGUGGGUGGCAGCGCAUAGGGGCCUAUGUCAAUCUUGGGGCUUAUUAUCUCGUUGGAAUUCCAGUGGCUGCUGCAUUUGGUUUUGGUCUGCAUCUUAGAGGGAAAGGCCUUUGGAUUGGAAUUAUAGCGGGCUCUUCAGUUCAAGCAAUUUUGCUUGCCAUAAUAACAUUUUUCACUAAUUGGCAAAAACAGGCAACCAUGGCAAGGGAAAGAAUAUUUGAGGGAACAUUUUCAGCUGAACAACAAUUGGCUUGA